GAAAGCGGCCGGCGGUUGGGCGCGUUGCAUGCUGGGCUGGAAAGGAAAAGGCGAGGGAGCGCUGGCCAAUCAGGGCGCGUUCGGAAGCUUGGCGUUCGAUACAUAGUAAGAUCAAACAACCGACGUCCGGAAAAGUGUGCUGGUGUUAUCAUCCUCAUGUUCAUCAUCCUCAUUGCAAAAAUAUCAGUUUCCUUGUCCACUCUCGGAGCCGGCGGUGACAAGAUGGAUCUCGAAAAGCUCCGUCAGUUGAACCAGGAGCUUCUGCACAAACUCAGGACGAACCAAGAGGAAUUCAGGAGGCGCAUCCAGACCCAGCCGGCCUCGCCAUCAUCCCAAUCAGAAAGAACUACCCUGCAGGACGGGCCGGUCUUGGAGUCCGAGGAUGGGAAAGAGAAUCAAAACUGGCUUCCCGAGGAGGGACUGGACGUGGCGAUGCCUGCUGAGUCACAGCGCAGGGUCACAACGACAGGAUCGGGGCCCCGCUCUCCCUCAAAACCAAUCCCGUCUUGCAUCAAACAGCCGACGGAGAGACCACGCCAGAGGGGGUUGCACCCCGGUUCCUCCAAUGCAGAGAGGAUCUUCGUGCCAUCCCCGGAAGUGCCCCGAGGGGUCCGGGAGAGGCGACGGAAGGGGGACGACACCCGCACUCAGAGGCGCCGGGGGAAGCCGUCUGAAUCGGGUAAAAUCCAGGCCAGCGCAGAGAACUCGGGCCCAGAGGCUGGCGAGGAACCGGAUGAGCCCCACGCCGACAGAGCUGGCCAGGCGAGAACAUCUGCUCGGAUGCCCCCGGGGCCCAAGUCGAUUCUGCUCACCCCGCGGGGCGAUGGGGCCAAAGAGAAAACAAAGAAGGAAGCUGGGCAUGUGACGUUCGUGUCCGACCCCGAGGAACAUACAAUCCCGGCAGGCGACUGGUCGAUCCGCCCUUUCCUCGGUUACGACUGGAUCGCUGGGAUCCUAGAAACAAAUUCUUCCAUCUCUGAGAAACCGGAGCGGUAUUUUGAAGAACUCCAGGACUUCCGACGGGUGAACCGAGACGACUGCAUCUCUGACCGGGACUCACCGUUGGACGGAUUGGGUUCUUUGGGGACAGAUCGCGAACCGGACCUGAACCCGGCUUCCCAUCAGUGUGUCUUCUGCUACCGGUUAAACAAGCGGCUUUUUGCUGAGCCCCUGGAUCCCGAAUCCGCCUGCCCUGUGUGCAAAACCCCCCGCACUCAAAAGCCUCCAGAGACUUUAGUAGAACCGGCCUUUGUCAGGGUUAGCAUCCCACGAUCGACUCUCCUCCCAGCCUACAAGCACAAAAUCCAUCGAAGGAAGAGCUACGAGGUGGCAGACAACCUGGCGUUGCCUUCGCAUUGUGUGGCUGGUUGGGAGAAUCCGGUCCGGGCCCCCAGCCCCACCCUCAGCAGCCUGGAUCUGCGCUCGUUCCUGGAUGGCAAGCCUCCCAACCAAGUGGAUCAGGGGAAGAAAUCCACUGGAAAAACUGGGAGCCAUGGGUGUGCAUGUGCGAGUUACGUAAGCAGGCCCGGAUCCGGCAUUUUGUGGUGCGGGCUGCCAACCUCUCUCUCGACCUGAAGACCUCAGCGUUUUGGCAGGAGAAGCCGUGUUCUUUGCUCAACUGCGCUCAGUGCCUGCCAGAGGAGUGCCUGGGUGGCGCCGGACACGAGCGCGCCAGCUUCGCCCGCCAGUUCGAGAGCCUUUCGUCUCGUCAGCCACACGAUGUGGAGAUCCCGCUGCCUCCUCGCUCAGAUGUCCCGACGUACGACAGCCUGCCUGUCGUGGAUUAUGUCGGAGAUGAAUAGGGGGCCUAAAUGGAGGCUUGGACUACAGCCCCCAUCUGCCACUGACAGCAUUGGACCUGGGUGAUGGGUGUUGUAGUCCGACACCUCUAAAAUACGAUGUUUCCGUCGCUGAUCUGUGCAUUUUUCGGCAACGACAAGGGGGGAGGUUGGGAAGCCUGCCAUGAAGAGGAGGAGGAGGCUGGAGGCAAACCAGCCGCCUUUUCAUGCAAUGGUUUGCGAUCCUAUAUGUAAUGACAAGGGUCUACUUGUAGAUGGAGCGGAUCGCCAUCAAUAUACAAUGUCCUGUUGCAUCUGGAGGCUGGUUUCUGGUUUGAGCCACAGCUUACCUUGAAAAUUCAAAGCCUGAGGAAAUUGGGGUUUUUUUUCUUUCUUUCUGGGGGUGGGUUGGGAUCACACCUCCCACACUUGUUUGGGGAUUCUGGGCAAUGUAGAACCAAAAACAGGAUUUUUCAGAAGUCAUUGCAGGCCAGUUUCUUUUUUUAAAAAAUGUGAGCUAUUUUUAAGAGAAAUUAAAAAAUUGCAGAAGCCGACUUAUUCUGUUGAGCCGAAAAUAAAUACAUAAAUACUUCUAACGAAUUCGAAACGUGCACGCAGAUGAACCCACGACCUAUGAAAUGCUCUGGGUAGAGCAAUUUUUUGUGUGCCAUCAAAGAGAUAAUUACCAUAAUAAUUCUAAUAGAGAAACUGCCUCUACACAGUUCUGCUUAAGAGAUCUUUGUAGGCAUUAAUUGCAACCACCAGAAAAUGACGGCAGAGCACGCUAGGAAAUGUUUGCGAGCGUGUAAGAAGUUGCUGAGGCGAAAUGUCAGAAAUUUGCUUAAUAUCACCAGUAAAAAGAGCGGCUGCUCACUUCUUAAGGCCAGUAAAUGCUGCCUUUGGAGGAAAAGAGAUAGCAGAUACCCUUUCCUCAUCUUGUUCUCUUUCUAUCGGCUGUAAGAAUCUUGAUGGCGUUGAGGUAAACAAAUGUAUAUGAGUUUUCUAAGAAAAUGAGAAAGCCCGCGAACCACUGCGGUACGUCAUGAUCGUUAAAAAUAACCCACGAAAGAGUCCAAAUCAGAUUGAAAUGAAAUAGGGGAUGUUCGCAGAGGCUCCCCCGUCUGGUUUCCCCCACCUCCAACU